UCAGCGGACAGUAUUUCGCCUCACAAUACUAAAUUGUGUGAUAGUUUCUGUGUGUUUAAACUUAUUCCACUGAGCAUAACUAUAGAAAUGGUAAAAGUGGGAAAUGAAAAACGUUACUUUACACCAAAUGAUAUUUUAUUACAUAAUUCACCCGAGGACUGCUGGGUUUCGUUUCUUGGCCGAGUUUUUGAUAUCACACUAGUAUGUGCUAAAAACAAAGGUAGCGUUCUUCUUCAACCAAUCUUAGCUCAAGCCGGUAGAGAUAUAUCACAUUGGUUUGAUGCCAAGACAGGUGAAGUUCGACAUCAUGUUGAUCCAGUUACAAAUUGUUAUGUACCGUAUACACCAUUUGGUCGGUUUAUAAAUAUUCCUCCUCCAUAUCCAACAACAGAUUGGGCUACUGAUUUUGGCGUACCUUGGUGGAAAGAUGAAAGGUUGGCAAUUGGUUAUUUGACCAAAAAGACAAGAUUUGUAUGCAUUGUCAAUACACUUGCACUACAUGAACAUGAAAUUGAGGUUUGUUUUCAUUUUGCUACUGUCAAUUGAUAGAAUACUUUGUAUGAUAAAAAGUGUAUUUCGUAAGCCAGUAUUUGCUGUGGUAAAGCUGUAAACCUGAAAAUCAUUGUAACUGACUAGAUAGUAAUGUAUUGGAAAAGAGUUUCAGGCACUUUGAUUUCCAUUACAAGACCGACGAAAUAGGUAUAGGUUUGAUUCAUAAAUAAGAAUGAAGUACUAUUAUUCCAAUAUUUCAUGCUUCUCCCUGACUUCUUAGUUAAAUAAAAUUGUGUUCAGAUUAAUAAAGUAUUCUAGAAGCUAUAAAGUCCAGUGAUUAUUUCAUUGAUGAAUGAUAUGACAUCAUAUUUCAAGUUUGAUCCUAGCAGAUUUAAAUGCCUUACUAUCUAUCGUUACUGGGAAUAACAUUGUAGUGAUCUGAAAGAGGAUUGAAGUUAUAAUAUUUUUGAUCAAACAGUUUGAGUUGGCACACUUGUAUUUAGAAACAAACAGACGAUUAAAGUGUAGCGAAAACCGGGAUCUCAACAGCUAUCGAACCACUAAGGUUGUGGAUCAUUAGUCCAGCUCAACAGCUACCAAUUUAUGAUGUUCAAGAGCUACGUACGUUUUCUUCUCACCUUACUCCAGGGAGCCCCUACAAAAAUAAAUGAAAUAUAAUAGACGGAAAGUUCUGAGCCGCUUAGAAUUCCUGACUAAAAAUCUCUCUCCACCUGAGGAAUAAAACUGUAAAAGACCUAACUAACGGAUGAAAACAAUAAUGUGUUCAGCGAAAUGAUAUCGUUUCCGGAUUGCUUAGAAACACUACAGAACUAGUCACUUGUGAUUAAAUCACCUCCUGAAAGAAUUAACAUAUAUUAGGUUGGCUUAGAAUAAUUUUCCCUUCAGUUAUCAGCUUUUAUCAAUAAUACCAGUCUGUUGAGAAGCGACUGCUUACGACAAUCUCAUCAACAAUACUACUCUACUACUAUAUAGUUCAGUUUGAUUUGAAUUGAGAUGAGAAAUUCUCGUUAAGUUAGUAAUGUGGUGAGAAUGAAACAAUAGUUACGCAUCACAGAUUCACUUGGCAGUCCGACAAAACCGAUGGUAACUGAAGCAAAGUUGAAACCUGAUCAGAAGUCAGGUUUUGGAGCUCAGCUGGUAGCUAGCAAGGAUGGUAAUCUGAAGGUCGCUAAUUUGGAUUCUACCAUGAAGUAGGUUUUCCUUUUAUCUUCAACCAUUACGUUGUAUCAAUAACAGUCCCAUGAUUCCUGGUUAACUCACUUACCGUCAGACAAACUUCGAUAACACACCGCAAUCAAGUUUCCACUUUUUCUUCAAGUGAGUGCGUAAGAAUCCAACAAAUCUGUAGUUGCAGUGAUCAUAAGACAUUUCGUCUCAUAAAUUUAUUGAGGCAGUCACAUUCUUACCAGGUAAAAUGAAGAACUAAAUAGAAUUACAAGUAAUUCAUAGUUUUGAUUUCAUUUGAAGCUGAAUAUAAUUCGGGAGAUAAGCGAAUCACUGAAAUGUUUGACAUCCACAAUCUUUGUCUAUAAUUCGUUAUCAUGUGAAUAAUGGUUACAAUCCAAUACAGUGUCAAUUAAAUAAGCCAUAUAGCAGCACUGUCAAAUUUUUAUCAACGGAAUUUAAUCAGUAAUCAAGACUAGACAAAAUAAUUUUGGUUGAUUCUCAGCAUGUAUAUUCGGUUGACUUGAUGAACAGUAGACUAAGAUAAUAGUUCUGACACAUACCAGAGUUAUAGACUAGCCAUGUCAACGCAACUUGGUAUGUUUUUCUAAAUGGUAGGCGUUAGAUUUAGUUUAGCACACUCUAGUGAUACAUUCUAUGACACAUUCUACGCUUUUAUUUUUCAGAAUAAGUCUACAGAUAUCUCUUAAGGGGUCAAUAAAAUUUUCUAAACGUUUGGGUCUUACUUAUCUGUGGUGUCAAACUGACUAAUAGUGUUUAUGAGGCUACAUACAUAACUUCAUUAUUUACGAUUUGUAUAUUGGCUGUUUUCGUUAUUCUCUAAUUUAGUUUAAGUUUAUGAGUUGAUAAUCAUUUUCAGGUUAUUCAAAUGCUUAAAGCCAUGUACGGUAGUAAUCUGAUAUUGGAGUAAUAUAAUAGUAGGGGUUCGUGUUUUGGUGUGAUAAUAUGUUCUGCAGCUUGGAGGUAAGAGCUAAAAAGUGUCUUUGUAUUGCUAUCGGAUUGAUCUAUUGACUAUCCGCUUGAUUUGAUUCGGAAAACUGUUGUUUUACUGCUUAAGAUUUGUAGAAUAUUAAGAACAAAUAUUUGACGGUAUUAGAUGACCUGGUUAGUAAGGAAAGUUACCUUGGCAAACACACUGCAUAUCUUAAAAAGAGUUUACAUACAGAAGAAAGGAGAUAAUGAUACUUCGAACUUGACAGAUAAUAAAUACAUACAACAUGAUAUAAGCAUUCCAGCAAAAUAUCCUUCAUUGCAAAAAAAAUGACGAUGGUUAUCGGGAGAUAUGAAAAAUCGGUUUUAGUAAUCACUCUAGUACUUAAAACUGAGUAGUAUACUCAGAAUUGUAAGGGAGUAGCUUGAUUAUGUUAUUGUGAUCCAUAAGUUGUGAGUGUUCCUCACGAAAUGUUACUGUUUGACUGGAUGACAUAUCUAACAAAAUUACUUGGUAGAGCAUCGGACCGGUAACGUGGUGGUCGCUGGUUCGAAUUCUACCGCGGUUCAAAUUUUCACUUCGCCUUCAAUCAUCACCCAGUAUAUGCUGCUGAUCUGACAAACUACGGCUAUCUCAGAUAGUCAGAUGGUAAAUAAAUAAAUAUUGAAACCCACUCAAAACUUUGGUUUCUGUAUGGCAAUAUGUUGUGAAACAGCAUUCACUUAUUACAGGAUAAGACUCAUUUUCAGCUUGAAAUUCAGUAGUGAAAUUAAGAAGGUUAACUGCUGAAAGCCUUUUACUUCAGACGUUUUACUUGUCAAAACCUGUUUAUAUGUAUCCAUAUCCUUGCAUCAAUGCUAACUGGUAAUUAUUCAGUGGGUAGAGCUACAUGUACUUCAGAGGUUAUGCUGCAUUUUAUACGUACUUUCUACCUUAUUGGCCACGAAGUAGCAUAAAACAUUUCUUAAACUAAUCAUGGUAAGAUGUCGUACAAGUUCAUGGAUUGCCAAAUAGUUCUCUGAUAGACUUUGUAGACAUAAAAUUAGGCGUCUACAAGACAGUACGUGAAAUUACUAACGCAAAUGUAUCGAACAUUGUAACAAUUUUAAAUUAUCUAACGUUUAAUUUUCUAAUGCAUCAUUUUCUCUGUCUCCUUUCAUAUACCUUCGGUAUUUCUUUUAAACACUUUAUCAUAUUGUAUAUUGUCUUUGACUAUGACUAGUUUCCAUUUUUCAAACAAUGAAUUCAGAUCUUGGCUGUGAAAACAUUUCUCAGUUAUUGUAGUUAAUUAAUCCUCAUCCUAUUAUCUGUUUCUUUUUUAAAAUUAAGGUGUUUAGCUCUUCUAAGUUCUUCUUCCCCAAGGAAACCAUUUCUAAACGUUCUUUCCUAUCAAGAGACUUCUCAGCAGCAGAAAAGUUUUCCUCUAGUUUGAACUGAAGAAAAUAUUCAGAAGGUAGACUGGAAAAUGAUAAAACUUAGGUUCUGACAUUAAAACUAGACAACUGAAGUUGGUUACACUCCAUUGAUCGAUUAGUGUAACUAAUCCAGAACUAUAAGGCGUCAAUCAAUAUCUGAAUCAAUAAAGGGUAAUUCCAAUGACUGCACUACUGGUCGGCAUGGGUUGCAGUCUUGGUCUAUUCCAGAUUAUAGAUCCAGCUUAUUGUUGGGUCGCCAACAAGCAUAAAAUCUUGUAGCAAGGCAUCCUGGUCAUUUAAUUCAACAUUUUGACAUCCUGCAAAUCAUUUUUGCUUUUGUUUUACAAAACAUUAUCAGAUGUGAACCAAGUGUAUGAUUUGUUUAUAUGGAGAUAAUGAGUUGUUUCGAUAGUAUCAUCACAGUUUGAAGACUCUAGCAGUAACCAGUUCUUAUAGACUGUUCAGCAGUGAAUAAAGUAACUUAGCUUUUCAGGUACCUGAAGACACAUUACAAAAUGAUUGUUAAGGGUUGAGUAAUAAUUACAAUAGCUAUUCACUUCACAUUUUAUCAUUAUUUCACAUAGCUUUGCCAUUAUAUUGAUGAAAUAUUAUGACUGUGUUUUCCUUUAAAAAAUAUUUCUACAGGUAUGUGUUGAAGAGACAUUGACAGAUAUUCUUGUACGUUAUUUAAAAUUCAAUGCACAUGCUGCUUCAUAUACCUGGAAGUAUAAUGGUGUUGUAUUAGACAUGGAAAAAACUCUUGAAGAGAAUAAUGUCAUAGAAGAAACACAAGAUAUUGAAGACUUGUUUAUGCCACAGUUAUAUCUGUAUUACAAUGAUGAUCUAACUGAAGCUUAGGCGACAGUAAUUAGCUUGUUGAUAGUUAUACUAAUUCAUGUGUAUGUUUAUACAUAUUCAAAUAUCGAUUCAAACAUUACCAAUAAUUUGUGUCAUUGUUAAUUAUUUUUAUUAGGAAUAUAAUUAUUUAAGAAUCUUCUUGUCCUACUGACUUUUGACUUAUAAACUUUUUCAAUAAACUGCAAGAUAAUGG